GCCACGUCGUGCUGCCUCGUUUUCCCUCUUAUACUCGAGGGCCCCAUGCAUCCCAUUUUCUCUUGGUCUAAUAUCCCUUGGAAUGUUUCUGGGGAUUUCUCGAAAUACCUUUACCUUAUCUAUCCAUCUAUCAAUAUCCCAAUAGAUUGAUUUACAAUUGGUCAAUAUAUCCAAUAGUCCUCUCUCUAUCCCUUCAUUGUCAAUCCCGAUCGACAUAUCUCCGCCAAUAAAUCAUUUAUCUCAUAUUUAUAUUAUCAGCGGAAAAAAAUGGUCCAAAAAAACAUCGCCAUCGCAAUCAUCAUCAUCAUCCUCUUCCUCAUCCUCGCCAUCGCCGGCUUUGGAAUCUACGCCAUGCAGAACCACGUAUCAUUCUUCUCGAAGAAGAGGGCCGUCGACGAAGAAAGUGGAGAAGAAGGGGGAUAGUCUAGUCCCCUAGCUUCCGUUACUCAACCUAUCUCACUCGUAUACUCCGCGGCGCCACAAUGUUGCCUCCUCAAUUCGUAUCUCGGGAUCACCCGAUCCGGGGCCAGAUGCCCAUGUGCCCCUACCGAGAACAGACAACAUCUGAGUCGAUAUACUGCUCUUAAUUACCUCCGAUACUUACUCCUCUUAAAUCUUUCUGUGCUAUACAACGACCUAUACGACGUGGGUUUGAUUAUUGAAUCACGACUAUGAUGAAGGACUUUUUUUUAUGCUGUCUAUGGUUAUGUGUUAUGGGUGUGUGCUACGAUUUAUGUUCUUUGUUUGAUUGUUUGGGGUGAACAUUUUUAUCUUCUUGUUGAUGCUUUUUUUGGAAAAGUAUGGUGUGUUUUUGUUGCUAUGUGGUUAUAAUCUGGUUUGGGUUAUGUUGAGAUGAUAUUAUGAUGUGCAUAUUUUAUGUGGAUGGGGUUGUAUGAUAAUAUGCUUAGAUUAUUUAUGAUAUCUUUCUGUUUUCUUGAAUGAGAUAAUGAGAUAAUGAGAUGAAUUUUAUGUCUACGUGAUUGUUG